AUGGAAGACAUCAUACCGAAGCCCCUCCGGGUUAUCAAGACGCAAUCGAACUCCAAGCAUGAAAUCCGCUCAGUAUCACGAUCAUCUUAUCCCUCGAUUCCCUGCAGAAGCUCUUCUCUACGUUUGGAUUCGCGACAGGUUUCAAGCGACUCUUCAACCUCGACGACACCAUCGCCACCCCCUUUUAGUGACAACUCUGAACCGAUCAAGAUCCGAAAAAGAAGUCGAGCCUAUACAAUAUCAAGCCAAGAUCGAGAUAGUGAAGGCCAAUCCGUCAGCUAUCCCAGGGGUUCUGAUGAAAAGACCGAUAAGCAAACAUCCCCAGAGACUGGCUGUCGAAAGGAGACGAAGUCCCGUUUUUUCAGUGGUUGGAGUUUCAAAUCCUGGAGCUCGACAAUGAGACGCCUUUCUUUCGAUCAGACAAACGGUCGCGACGGCUCGUAUCCGAUCAUUUCUUCAAAGACGUACAGCGGGAACGGUACCGCCGAGAAAGAUUCAGGGCCACUUGUUUAUCCCUCGACAGACUUUUUGAUCAACGAGAAAGCUGAUAUCUUGACGCCACGGACUAUUCCCAUUACUGGAAUCGAUAUGAACACUGCCACGAACCCCCCUAUCAUUGGCACCGGCCCUGAUUCUAUAUGGGCUACGGUGAACAUUUCUGCAGAGGCCAGUUCUAAUGAGCCCGUUAAUCUUGGAUGGCCUACGCCUUUGGAUGUUGUGAUUAUUUUGGACAUUGUACCUCACAUACAUAUCAGCAUGCUACGACAGAUAGUCGUCAGCUCACUGGCUAUUGUGUCUUCAUUAUCUAUUGACGAUCGAUUUGCCAUUGCCUAUGUGGACAAAGAUUCUGCAGACGGUUUUGGAUUACUUCUUCCUCUAGGCGUGCAUUCUCUGGACUCUGCCCGCAUCGCAAUAGAUGUUUUUUCGCUCCAUCAGCUCACUAGUCAACGGUCAAGAAAGAUUGGGUUGCAGAAAAUAAUUCAGCAGAUAUCGGAAACUGUCUAUCUUCGGGACCGACCAGCACUUUGCCAUGCAUUCUUCGUCACAGCCUCCCCCUCAGUUCGACUUUCCACGCCUGCCAUGGACAAAGGAAUCGGCUUUCAUACUAUAUCCCCACAUUUUCGAUUUCCUUUCAGCGGAUUCGAGAUUCCUUCUGGGUGGCACAUUUUCUAUGAUAUCAAUAGCUACGAUGCCGAUUCGAAAGAAGCCAUGUUGAGACACAAGAUAUCGACAGCGAUCGAGCACAUGCGUACUGGAGUCGAACCCGGUGUUGUGACAGAUCUGAAGCUGAGUCUCACUGCUGGUGAUCGGUGCGAAUUACAGGCUGUGUUGGAGGAGUGCCAUUUGGAUUUACUACGACCGGGAGAGAAAUGGAUGGUACCUGUUCAAAUCAGAGUGCCGGCGGCUUCGAUCAAACAGCCUUUACAGGUGACUGAUGGAAACACUAUCUGCAACAGUAGCCAUCCCACUGUUGACAAAGUCAUGACACAACUCCAGAAUUUAUUGACGGACUUCUCUCACGAGGACAUCACGCAGCAUAUUGUGUCCGCGCGGCUCGAGUACAGGCAUACAUUGUUACCUGCCCACAAUAUCGUUCACUUGGAAAGUUCUUGCACGGUUGUACGUGAUGUACAUGAGUUUGGGAUUGCGUCGUUGGGACCAUGA